AUGGAAGAAAUUGGCAUAGUAUUACCGGAAAAGGACGACCAAAUCGCUGAUGCCAAAGGCCUAGCAUUCGCAGGACCUCAAUCUUUUGAUGAACUUGAAUCUGAAGAUUUAUACACCAAAUAUAAGAAACUUCAGCGCAUGCUAGAGUUCCUAGAGGUACAAGAAGAAUACAUAAAAGAUGAACAAAGGAAUCUUAAAAAAGAAUAUCUACAUGCUCAGGAAGAAGUUAAGCGUAUACAGUCUGUGCCACUUGUCAUUGGACAGUUCCUAGAAGCUGUAGAUCAGAAUACUGGAAUAGUUGGCAGCACAACAGGCUCUAAUUACUAUGUAAGAAUUUUAUCAACAAUUGAUCGUGAGCUGCUUAAACCAUCAGCGUCUGUAGCCCUUCACAAACAUUCUAAUGCACUUGUGGAUGUGUUACCACCAGAAGCUGACAGUUCUAUAUCUAUGUUACAAGCUGAUGAGAAACCUGAUGUUCAAUACUCUGAUAUUGGAGGCAUGGAUACACAGAAGCAAGAGAUCAGAGAGGCAGUGGAGCUCCCACUCACCCAUGUAGAGUUGUAUCGUCAAAUCGGUAUUGAACCCCCUCGAGGAGUACUCAUGUAUGGUCCUCCUGGAUGUGGCAAGACUAUGUUAGCUAAGGCAGUAGCUCAUCAUACAACAGCUGCAUUUAUUCGCGUGGUAGGCUCUGAGUUUGUACAAAAGUACCUAGGUGAAGGACCACGCAUGGUUCGUGAUGUGUUCCGUCUAGCAAAAGAAAACAGUCCAGCCAUUAUCUUCAUAGAUGAAAUUGACGCCAUUGCCACUAAACGAUUUGAUGCACAAACCGGUGCAGACAGAGAAGUCCAGAGAAUCUUGCUUGAGCUCCUGAAUCAAAUGGAUGGAUUUGAUCAAACUACUAAUGUUAAGGUCAUAAUGGCAACAAAUCGAGCUGAUACCCUAGACCCUGCCCUCCUCAGACCUGGUCGUCUAGACAGGAAGAUAGAGUUCCCUCUACCCGACAGGCGUCAAAAGCGGCUGAUCUUCUCCACGAUCACAGCUAAGAUGAAUCUAUCGGAAGAAGUAGAUUUAGAAGAGUUCGUCGCACGACCUGAUCGCGUGUCCGGUGCUGAUAUCAACGCUAUCUGCCAAGAGGCAGGCAUGCACGCUGUACGCGAGAACAGGUAUAUCGUCCUUCCUAAAGAUUUUGAAAAGGGCUAUAAAAACAACAUCAAGAAGGAUGAGAGUGAAUAUGAAUUCUACAAAUAA